GUAAAUACUGCCUCGGGCGUCAAAGGUCUUCCAUCUCGCAUGUUUCUUAUAUUAUUGGUAUUGCGUUUUCACUGAGUACUUUUGGUAGUGUUAAAGUCGAUUUUCAUGUUGAAUAUUUGCCCAUUGGGGUAAAUGAACUUGGAAGAUGAAUUCGUGCCGGCAAGAUGUCCUGGUGUUUGCGGAAUAAAAGGUAUCCGGUAACCGACCAGGUAACAGAGUUCGUUCAAACUCUGGUCUCGCGAGUAGUGUGCGUCACCACAGCACUCUGGAUAUAUAAUCUUCAGCUCCCUUAUCGAGGCCUUUGCAGGAGGUGAGCCAAGAAGAGAACGGUGGAACGGGAGAAACCUAGAAAAACAGUAGGAGGUCAGGAGAACAGGAGGCCACAGGGACAAAAGUGAACCGGUUCUCAGAGAGGGAGACCGACAGGAGAGAAUAACCACCGGGUGAAUCGAGGACCAGGAGAACAGAGAACAGAACCGCCACCAUGAAGAACUGCUGGUCGCCCUGGAUCUACUACGACAACGUGAAGAGCGGCAGCAAGGCGUGCGCCGCCACCACCAUCUUCUUCAGUGUGUUCUCCAUCAUCUACAUCUGCUACUGCCUCGACGAAGGGGACUCCUCGCAGUUCUUCCUGCCGCUGUUCGAGACCGACGUCGAUACCACCAUGAAGUCGGCGGGCGGCUUCAUGAUCUUCUUCUACCUGCUGUACAUCGCCUUCUCCAUCCUCAUGAUCCGCGGAGUCGUGAAGGAUCACCGAGGCAUGAUCCUGCCGUGGCUCAGCCAGAACCUCAUCUACAUCCUCAUGAUAAUUGCUUUCGCGCUGUGGCUCCAGGCGUCCUACUAUCAUUACCUGUUAUCGGUCUUGUGGACGCUGAUAUACUUGCUCUUCGCAGCUGCUCAUGUGUACAUGCACAGGUGCGUCAAGAGCCAGUACGACAUCAUCAAGAGCAUGCAAGCGCCCAACAUCGUGCAGUUGGUGUGAGUACACGCGGACGGAUGGCGAUGUGACCAGCCGCAUAGAAGCUUACCUCCGGGGCUCAGGUGGGCUACGCAGAGGAACUUCUGCAGGGAACAAAGCAACACAAGAACAAGAGAACAGAUUCACCCGGCAAAUUCAUCGUCCUAGGUGAUUUCUUCCAGUCGUAUUGUGCGCUGUUUUUGAAGUGACGUCUCACGGUGUAACUGUUUGU